CCUGGAUACCGUACACCUUGACAUUCGGCUCCUUGCAUCUCUUCCCCUCCAAUCAUGGCAUCAUCCUCACCAGAAGAACUCCUCAAGACCGCCGAGAAGCGAGCCGCCUCCACCGGGGGCUUCUUCUCCUUCGGCUCCAGCAGCUCCACCCGACUCGAAGAGGCAGCCGAGCUCUACAAGGCUGCUGCCAACAAGUUCCGUGCUGCCAACAGAUUUGAUGAAGCUGGCCAUGCAUUCAUGAAGGCAGCUGAGACGGAGGUCAAGGCUGGAGAGGUAGACUAUGCUGCGAAUACCUUCUUUGAGGCUAGCAAGUCUUUCAAAAUGACCAGGCCAGAGCUGGCCGUCACUGCCCUCACCCGCUGUCGCCAGAUCCUCAUCGAUCGAGGUCGCUUCAGACAAGCUGCCGAUCGGGAAAAAAGCAUUGCUGAGCUGUACAAGAGUGAAGCCCAUGACCCACAAAAGGCUCUCGCUAGCUAUGAGCAGGCGGCCGAGUGGUAUAUCCAGGAGGGAGCAGCAGCCACUGCAUCAGGCUGCUACAGGGAAGCAGCUCAGCUCGCGACGGACGUUGCAGACUACAAGAGGGCCAUUGAACGGUGGGAGCAAGUGGCUCAGAUGAGCUUGGAUAGCAAUCUGACACGAUACAGCGUCAAGGACUACUAUCUCAAUGCCGGCAUGUGUUAUCUGGCCAUCCCAGACUACGUCGCCUGCGGCAACGCCAUGGGCUUCUACGCCACCUCCGACCCCUCCUUCCCUACUACAAUGGAAGGUCGCUUCCUUCACUCCCUCCUUGAGGCCUGCGAAGCUGGAGACGUCAAUGGACUGGAUGAGCGCGUCCAGGACUACGACAGGACAAAGAAGAUAGUGGGAUGGCAAGCGUCUCUGCUGAGGAAUGUCAGGAAGGGAGUCAUGGAGGAGCCGGAUUUGAGUUGAGAAACAAGCGAGCCACGAAUGAGCCAAGAUGACGAGGAAGAAACUGUUUACGAUAGCUUCAGGUCGCUGCUAGAUUACACUUCCUCUUGAUGCUAUGCGAGGGUUGACUGUGUGUAGUACUGUGACGGGCACUUCGGGCAGGCAUCAUAUCGAUACUCACGAGUCGAGACAAGACUGAAAUGCAGGAUGCACGUAGGACGCUGGUAUCAGAUUACAGAUUGGGAUCGCACAAGGAAAGAGCUUCGCGCAAGACUUCCACUAUGGUCGCUCCACUACGAGGUAGGCUGGAAUGUUUUUGAUAUCGCCUCCAUCGUCGUCGAACUCAAGCUGGUAGUUCGCAUUGAGCAGCUCGGCGUGCCGCUUCUCU